GAGCGGGGGCGCGCGUGCGCAGUGGCGCGGGGAGGAGCAGGGACCUGGCAGCGGGCUCUGAGGCUGCGAGCGAGCCGCGAACCGGGCGGGCGGCGGGCGCGCGCACCAUGGGGGAGAAACCGGGGACCAGGGUCUUCAAGAAGUCGAGUCCUAACUGCAAGCUCACUGUGUACCUGGGCAAGCGGGACUUUGUAGAUCACCUGGAUAAAGUGGAUCCUGUGGAUGGCGUGGUGCUUGUGGACCCUGACUACUUGAAGGACCGCAAAGUGUUUGUGACCCUCACCUGCGCCUUCCGCUAUGGCCGCGAAGACCUGGAUGUGCUGGGCUUGUCCUUCCGCAAAGACCUGUUCAUCGCCACCUACCAGGCCUUCCCGCCGAUGCCCAACCCGCCCCGGCCCCCCACCCGGCUGCAGGACCGGCUGCUGAGGAAGCUGGGCCAGCACGCCCACCCCUUUUUUUUCACAAUACCCCAGAACCUGCCCUGCUCCGUCACCCUGCAGCCAGGCCCAGAGGACACAGGGAAGGCCUGCGGGGUGGACUUUGAGAUUCGAGCCUUCUGUGCCAAAUCGGUAGAAGAGAAAAGCCACAAAAGGAACUCUGUGCGGCUGGUGAUCCGAAAGGUGCAGUUUGCCCCCGAGAAACCCGGCCCCCAGCCUUCAGCUGAAACCACACGCCACUUCCUCAUGUCUGACCGGUCCCUGCACCUCGAGGCGUCCCUGGACAAGGAGCUGUACUACCAUGGGGAGCCCCUCAAUGUCAACGUCCACGUCACCAACAACUCCACCAAGACUGUCAAGAAGAUCAAAGUCUCUGGUAGGAGGUGGGGGUUGGAAAAUUGCCUGAAGGGAGGGAGUUUCAGCCACAGGACAUACCCCAGGGCUGGAGACCCCGGGGGGCUCAAGGAAUGCAGGCUGUCCCAGGAUGGGGGGGUGGGGGGCACAUGUCCUCAGGCAGGGAUGCUAAAGGGCCAGGACCUGGGGUCCUUGCGGGGGGGGGGGGCGCGGGCUGGAGUUGGGUGGGCUGCUGUCUACACUCCAUGCAGAGCUGCUUGGCCCCGCCCCACAGUGAGACAGUACGCGGACAUCUGCCUCUUCAGCACGGCCCAGUACAAGUGCCCCGUGGCUCAGCUCGAACAAGAUGACCAGGUGUCGCCCAGUUCCACGUUCUGUAAGGUGUACACCAUAACCCCCCUGCUCAGCAACAACCGAGAGAAGCGCGGUCUCGCCCUGGACGGGAAGCUCAAGCAUGAGGACACCAACCUGGCGUCCAGCACCAUCGUGAAGGAGGGUGCCAACAAGGAGGUGCUGGGAAUCCUCGUGUCCUACAGGGUCAAGGUGAAGCUGGUGGUGUCUCGAGGCGGAGAUGUCUCCGUGGAGCUGCCUUUUGUUCUCAUGCACCCCAAGCCCCAGGAGCACAUCACCCUCCCCAGACCCCAGUCAGCUGCGCCAGAAACAGACGUCCCGGUGGACACCAACCUCAUUGAAUUUGAUACCAACUAUGCCACGGACGACGACAUCGUGUUCGAGGACUUUGCCCGGCUCCGGCUGAAGGGGAUGAAGGACGAGGACGGCGAAGACCAGUUCUGCUAGGCGGCGGCGGCAGCGGGGGGCGGCUGGCAGAAGGGAGUGGAUGGUGCUGGGAGAGGGAGGGGCAGGACCGAGACCCCGCUGGCACCGGGGGCUCCAGCCUCUCUUCCCCUGCCCUCCCCUCUCCCUGGGCGGCUGCCGCGACCAGCCCGCCUCCCCCUCCCCACCAGAGACGCACUGGACCCAUCUCUUGGGGAACAUGGGCAUUAAUCUUUCCACGACAGCUGGGCUUCCCCAACCCCGCAGCGGGUGGCACGCUGUGUUCAUACCUAAGUUUUGUGGAGGGGCCACUGGAGAGGCGUGACAGCAGGGAAAGGGGGAGGACGAGCUCCCACAUUCAACCUCACCCCGACACCCCUGCCUGUCACCACCUCUGCCUCCCAUUCCUUCAGGAUGAGACCCUCUGGGGGGCAAGGCCACUUUGUUUCUGAGGCUAAAGAAGAAAAUAAACCUUUUAAUAGGCA